CGUCGCUAAGCAAGAGAUCUAUUCCUUACUUACAGAGACGUCAUGGCCGCCCUCGCUACUCGCGCUUCGGCUCUGCCGACCCUUGCUCAGCGCCCCCGCGUCUCGCGCCGCGCCGUGAUUGUGCGCGCCGAGGCUAGCAACAAGGCCUUCCCCCGUGACUGGAUCAAGUCCGAUCCCCUCGUCCCCGUCCUGGGCUUUGCGGGCUGGACCAUUCCCUCAAACAUCGGCGUUUCGGGCUUUGGUGGCCAGUCGCUGUUCGGCCUGUUCACUCAGUCCAUUGGCGAGCAGCUGGCGCACUUCCCUACUGGCCCGGCUCUGGAUGACAAGUUCUGGCUCUACAUGAUUACCUGGCACGUGGGUCUGUUCCUGACCAUUACCUUGGGCCAGAUCGGCGUCCAGGGCCGCAAGCAGGGCUACUGGUAAAUGUGCCGAACGCGAGGCGCGGCCACUCAACCGGUGCAGCUGCAGCGACGUGGCAACGUCCUAAGCGUCUGGCGUUGUCGUUGUGUAAAGCAAAGUGCAGACACGGUCCAGACAUCCCAUCACGGCGGGAGGUCGAGUCGACGGUUUGCCCCAACCCAUGACGGGGUGCCUUGCCCAGAUUUUGUGACCCAGGAUAUCGCGAUUGGGUCUGGGAAACCGUGGAAUAAGCUGUGCGCAUGUCCUUGUGGCUUUAUGCUUGACGCUGCUGCAGUCGCACUUGUCGUGGGUUGACAUCAACAGUGAUUUUUGCUUGAUUUGGCACACCCCUGGGGUUACCUGACCUGAAAGGCUUGCCCAUGCCAUUCCGGUGUCGCCUUUCUCGCAAACUCGCUCACACGGGAUGCCUGUCUGCUGAGGGUGGGCGACAAUUUUGGAAAAUGGCUGACGCGAUGAUGUAACACGCCACAAUCUUGGCGCUGCUGUUCCCUGUACCAAUACAGAUACAACGUUUUUGUAACAUAUGACAGUCGAG